UUGGCCCGUUCGACUCCAAGUCGCGGGCAGAGCUCUCAGUUGACGCUCAGUUCGGCUCAGCGAGGCCAGCAAGAAGAAAGGGGGAUUAUUCUGUAUGUGUGUGAGCAUCGUGCGUGUGUCUAUUGGCGCACGAUCCUUGGAACUGAAGAAGCGUUCUACUACCUGCCGAGAGUCCUUCGGUCACAUUACGCUUAAUACCAAGGGGUGGUUCUACCCUGAUUUGAUUGAUUUGAAGAUAAAAAAACGAGAGAGAUAAAGGGAUUCUGCUUUUGAUUCGGGAACUUCUCCCCCUUCGUGACGACUCCAGGCUCUAAUGUUGGAAUUUUCGCCGUUAGUGAGUUUCGUGAUUGCAUAGAUUGCGGACGUUGUACGCGCGAGCGAAACGUUUGAUGAAUCGCGCUCGGAACUCCUUCGUAAUGAUGGGGUUGACGGUAUUCGCUGAUGAUAGAGACGGGGCGACGUGUGGCUUGUAUACGGUAGGCCACGGGACGAUCAUAGCGCAGUUAGUCGCGCAGUGAAUUAACCUACCGAAGAUCGACGGAUUGCCAAGUGUCAUAGCUGGUGCUCGCAUUAAAUUGCGCGCUAGCUUUACCAACGUUUUCCCUCUUAACGCGUGGCGAUCGAGCGCAAUCGCCGCUCCGGAGUUAUCGCGGUCCGAACGAUGCACUAAAUCGCGCUGUGUCAUUUUGUUUUCGUUUCAACCCUCAUCCCGCAUCGUUGGAUCGGCCGAUUGGACGACCGCAUAAUAUCUGGACGAAUUAUUAAUCGACUCCACGGUUGGCGACGUUCGCACGUGGGUUACUCGCUGCUAUCACAUCGAUUAUCUUAUCCGACGUCGUCAACAUCGUCGUCGACGUCGUGAUUCUCAUCACCGCGUGUGGACCUCUCUCGUUCGAGGAUUUGCCAAGCACUUUAUCGUGCCCCCGUCUAUCCUUCGCGCUGCCCGUGCCUCUCUUCGUUUCUCUCUGUUCCACGUUUAUCUACCCCUCCACCUGUCUGCUGCGGCGCUGUACACCCUCUCUCCCGCCACCAACCCCCGUCAUCGGACGACGCGCGUACCCGCACGAUUUUCCCUAUCCCCACCCGCCUUCACUCACUCCUCGCGCCUCCGCUACCUUCUGCACGCGCUUUCUUUAUUUACUCCGUGAAUUCACGGACAACACGACCGGCUCGAUCACGAUGAGCGCUCCGUUCUUCGGUCCUCGGUGAAAAUCCUCUUCCAUCACGCGCACGUUUGUCGUGUUUUCUACUCCUGGACCUAUUCGCGGGGUCCACGCUACGUUUUUCGUUCGAUCGCGGUGUGUUUCGCUGGGACAAUCGCUAAUCUACAUAUAACCGCUUUGCUCAUCAUUACAUUGUUAUCACGAUGAUCAUGCGACGACUUUUACAUUCUGGGUGAACUCUGGUCGAUUUGUGCUGAUUUAUCGCGCGUAAUUCGUGAUUUCACUAAACGCAUACGGCGGUCACGGGACCAUCACCUACAUUAAUCGACGCGGACGUCGACAUAAAUAUUGUUAUAACACCGGCAAUAAACCGUCAUCAUCUGCACCAUCGCCGAUCACGUGGCUUGCUCGACGGCGACGCUGUACGAUAAUGUUCACGCCGCGCCGCUAUGUGGCUCCGGCGUGGGCCACCCUGGCUCCGUCACGCCGAUGGGAGCAGCAACCGGAGCGGGGAAUUCCACCGGGGUGACCUGGUGGGCCAUGAUGAACGGUUCCCUCUACGAGGACAGCCCGCCGCCAGUUCCACCAACAGCUUCGACCCUCGUAUCGAUUCAACAGCAAACAACCUCGACACCGGGCUCUCAUCAAGCGACAACACCGACUUCACCUGGUGCACCGGUAUCAUCGGCAACGACAGCGCCACCGGCGCCUACAGCAAGCGCCAGUUCGACCUCGCCAAGCGCUUCUUCGGUAGCGAGCAACAGUGCAGCCGGGCCACUUCAUAUACCAGCCAAGAGAUUAACAGCGACACCAGGAGGCGGUGGUACCGCUUACGGAGAAGUAGCUUGCGUGGAGUCAUCAGGCGCGCCAGGUGGUGCGGGCGCAGCAGGCGUGAUACGGCACUCUCAUUCAGCGGGCUCCCAAGGCGGCUGGAGUUACAGUCCGCAUCAUCCCCAGGAUUCCCAUUACUCGUCCACGGCGGGCGAAUCGUUGAACCAUCAUCAGACUUACGGGGGUAACAAUCCCCCGACGUAUUACAACCUGGCGGCCGAUCCCACCUCGACCUCCGGUUCCUCCAGGGACAACCGGAAGGCCGGGCUUUUCUGGUCACCCGCAGCCGCUACCGCUGGAUCUGCCAGUACCGCUGGAUCUACCUCGGAUUACAAGUCCUACAACUCGGCCGGUGCGGCAACUACGACGUCGACUACUGGUGGAUCCACCACCGGGGCUGCCGGCGCCGCCGAUCCGGCCGUGUCGUCCUGCCAUCAGAGCUUCUCUCAGAGUUGGUGCAAUUACGCGCCAUACACGACGGCGAGGCAUCACCAUCCGGUCGACACGGCUGGACAUCAUCAUCCUCAUUCUCACUUCGUAGUAACAAAUGGCAAUUAUGAUAAAGAAAUAGGUACAACCACUUUCUUCAUUCAAAAUCUACUUGAAUUGAUGUGGGGUUCCUCCCCAUCUUCCUUGUUUCCCGCAGGUUCGCUUGCGGGUGUGGGAGUCGGGGUUGGCGUAGCGGGGAUGGGCGUCGGGUGCGGCAGCUCCAACCCCUUGGAAUGGACGGGCCAGGUGACGGUGCGGAAGAAACGCAAACCUUACUCCAAAUUUCAAACUCUCGAGCUGGAGAAAGAGUUUCUCUUUAACGCUUAUGUAUCGAAACAGAAGCGAUGGGAGCUCGCGCGCAACCUAAAUCUGACCGAACGCCAAGUCAAGAUCUGGUUUCAAAAUCGUCGGAUGAAGAACAAGAAGAACAGCCAACGGCAGUCUCAGCAGCAAAAUAACAACAACAACAACAACAGCAGCAGCGCCAAUAACGCGAAUCACCACGCGGCGACCGGCAGUCAUCACCAUCCGAGCACCGCACACGCACCACCCUCGAGUCACCACGUGGUCGCGCAGGCGCAUCACGCGAACGGCUCCACGAAGCAUCAUCAGUGACCCGUGGCCUUCUCUGGGGUC